AUGAGUGAGACGGAGUCACACGUUAGUAUCAAUUAUCCGAAGUCGAGACAGCGAAAACUGAAUAGUAGCAUACGGCUUAUGCACCGUAGAGGACUAGUGAAUAUGUCGAGAAGACUUGUUCAAAAUCAUUUAACAUCUUCCGGUGAUUGGAGAAAUUUGAGAGGUCUGCAGACUUUUCCCGUGGAGGAAUCUAGAGUGAAUCAAUCUAUCAAUUCAGGGGCAUCUCUCCGUAACAACAAUGUUUCGCUCGCAAAGAAAGUAUCAGAAUUGCAAAUCGAGCUUAAUACUCAAAAAAUGGCUGCACAGAAGGCUAAUAUCGGCCUGGUGAAGUGUCAUGUUGAACUAAUGCGUCUCCAGUCAUAUGAAGAAGCUAGAGAAAGGAUCAAGAAUGCCUUUUUAAACAUACAUGAAUCCUUAUGUUCACAAAUGGGACUGGGAAUAUCAGUGAUUAACCUCGUAAAGGAGACCAUGUGUUUGUUGGAUUCAAAUGGCUCGUCUAACCAAGUGACAAAAUGCAACUUUAUCAAUUUGCCGUUAAAUCCAUUACCGCCUGGGGAAACUUCAAAUGUUGGUCCUUCAUCACAGCCUUUUGAGGAAAAUUUGUCAGUUCCGUCAUUUCCCGUCACGGAAGAAGAAGAAUUGCCCGAAACACUCGCUACUGCACGUACUUGUGUUUCUCAAAACAACGAUGAUGCGGAAAAGGAAACUUUGACAAGAAAAACUGUGGAAAAGGAGAUUAAUGAUAACUUAGAUUUCAAUAGUCCAAUCCAUUCUCCAAUAAACAGCUUCAGACACUUGGAAAAUUCACUACAGCAUCACUCGACAUCUGAAUCUCCGGUUAUUAAUUUACAAGCUUUGUGCAACCAGGAUUCGGAUGUUGUUCCCACUUCAACGACUGAGACUGCGACUGUGCCGCCUCCUGUUGGUGUUGUCAACAGAAAUGAAAACAAUGUUGUUGUUCAUCAUGAAGAUUGCUCAACAAGAUCUCAUUUAGUCAGGCAAGCUCGUUUAAAUUCGAAGCCUAUUAUAGAUACAUCAUCGUUUCUUGAACCACCAGUUGUUAAGAGAAAGACAAAGAAGGUUGUUAAACGUCGGUUAAUUCGUUCUGCAGACAGUAAGAAUACCAAAACUAUGAAGCAGAAUGAUGAUAUCAAUAAAACAGAUGGUAAAAGUAGAUCAAAAAGUUUAAAAGUAAGAAAAACAAACAACCCUGAUAUUGUUGAAAGUGUACCACAACAAACUGGACGUAUUAUUGAAACAUGCUUUCGUCGACCUGAAGUGGUACUGUUGUCAACAGACAGAAUAAUCCAUCAUCUACUGUCGAAAAGGGGAAACAAAAGACAAGAUCAAAGACGAAGCUCACCGACUGUAUUACAGGUUCGAAGUCUCCUGAUAGUUGUAGUAGUGACAAAGAGAACAUUGCAGGGAAUGAAAGAAAAUUACCACAGGGAAUUAAAUCCGCAAAUUAGUGGAAGUCAACCUCCAGACUCUAAUACAAAAGAAUCUAAUUCAAGAAAGGGUAAAUUUCGUCGUUUAUAUUUACACGAUCAUGGCGAUGAGAAUGAUGCUGUUGGCAGUAGUAGUAAUAGUACUGCUCCCAGUAAAUCUUUGAGAAACAAGAGCAAAUCAACUGCCAAUAUUGUUGUUGAUCCACUCAUUACAACGAAUAAAAUUACUUUAUUCCACUGGCAAACAUCAGCUUUUACUUGGUCUAUUUCCGCAGCUAAUAUUGGGGAAAUCACGGGGAUUGGCUAG